AUGUUCAUCGCACGGUCGGAAUAUGAUCGCGGCAUCAACACUUUCUCCCCGGAAGGCCGUCUCUUCCAAGUCGAAUACUCCCUCGAGGCCAUCAAGCUCGGCUCCACGGCGAUAGGCGUGGCGACGGGCGAAGGCGUGAUCCUAGGCGUUGAGAAGCGCGUGACGUCGACGCUGCUGGAGACGUCGUCGGUCGAGAAGAUUGUCGAGAUCGACCGCCACAUUGGGUGCGCGAUGAGCGGGCUGCAGGCCGACGCGCGCAGCAUGAUCGAGCACGCGCGCGUCGAGAGCCAGAACCACGCCUUCCACUACGCCGAGCCGCUGCGCGUCGAGAGCUGCACCCAGGCCAUCUGCGACCUGGCGCUGCGCUUUGGCGAGGGCGCCGAGGGCGAGGAGAGCAUCAUGAGUCGGCCCUUUGGUGUCGCGCUCCUCAUUGCCGGCUACGAUGAGGACGGCCCCAGCCUCUACCACGCCGAGCCCUCGGGUACCUUCUACAGAUACGAUGCCAAGGCCAUAGGAUCCGGUUCGGAGGGUGCGCAGGCCGAGCUGCAGAACGAGUUCCACAAGUCGUUGACGCUGGCCGAGGCUGAGGUGUUGACCCUCAAGACGCUGAAGCAGGUCAUGGAGGAGAAGCUGGACUCCAAGAACGUCCAGCUGGCCAGCGUCACCAGGGAGAGGGGCUUCAGGAUCUACACUGAUGACGAGAUGGCCGAGGUCGUCGGCCGGUUACCUACGAAUUAG